UUUAUGUAAAUAAUCAUCUUGUGUCAAAUGAACUGAACUGAAAAGAUAGAACUAUUUGCAUAAUUUGUUUGAAGCAAUCCUCUUUGGGUUUGGCUUCAAUCGGACUAGCUUUUAACUCAUCAACCCAGUCAGAUUUCAGAUCUGUUUCUCUAAAAUGAAGUUGUUUAAAGAGCUAUCUACAGCAGGUAGCAUUAAUUGUUCAUGCCUUUUCCACACAGCCCAUUUUCAAAAGAUCUGAAAUUUCAGUCUAACCUUUAGGCACAGCAUUUUAUCAAAGUAAAGAAAAGACACGUCUUGUCUCUAAAUAAACUGUCUUCAGGACCUAAUUAUGAGUUUUUAAUCUGGAGUAAUCUACAGCUGGAUUGUCACACGGGAGAAACUACAGAGUGAAGUUCUCAGAGAUGCUCUGGCCAAGACUGCCUGAGAUAACAUCUGUAAGUGAUGGUGACACAAGCUGCUUUCCUGGUUCCAGUCAAUGAGGGGACUGUGUAAAGAGGAAGACUAUGCAUUCCUGGGAAUACCAAAGAGUCUGAGCAAAGAAGGAUGGGCCGCUCUGGAGGAGGACUGGCAAGCCAAAAAGCAGGAAAGGGUCCGCCGAAGACUGGAGCGGGAGAAGCGGGAACAAGAAAGACUCAAAGCGAUAGAAGAGAAUAAACAG